CGCUCCGAUCACGUGACCGCGCGGCCCGAGUUGCGAUCGCGACGGCGGCAGGACCAACUCCGAAUCUGGAAACCGGAGUGAGCGGACCUGGCCCCGGCACCCACCCAGAGCGCUCACCAUGGAGAUGCAUUUCAUCUUCUCAGAUAAGGUGGUGCUGCUGUUUGAUUUCUGGAGUGUCCACAGUCCUGCAGGUAUGGCCCUUUCGGUGUUGGUGGUCCUUCUUCUGGCUGUGUUGUAUGAAAGCCUCAAGUUUGGCAAAGCCAAGCUCCUCCACCAGGCUCUGGAGAGCAUGCCCACCCUCACCAGCCAGCAGCUCAUUGAGGAGACAGACCAGGAUUCUUCAAGUUCAGAGUCACUCCCAGUCAGCAGCACCCGUCUCAGGUGGUUUUCGUAUCACUUUGGCCAGUCUCUAAUCCAUGUCGCUCAGGUGGUCAUUGGCUACUUCAUGAUGUUGGCUGUAAUGUCCUACAACACUUGGAUUUUCCUCGGUGUGGUCCUGGGCUCGGCUGUGGGCUACUACCUAGCCUACCCACUUCUCAGCCUUGUUUAGCUCCUGUGCGCUGUACAGGCACUGAGGGCUAGAGGAAGCUGGGGUUCCUUCUUCCAGACAUUGUACUUCCAGCCCCACAACUCCUUUUUCUUCUGAUGGCUGUUCUUCACCUGACUACCAGCUCCUGGAAACUUUCAGCUGAAGCUAGCACUUGCUUCCUGGAUUUCAGAGGCCAUGGCAGCUACUUCUCAGACAGCCCACCCAGGCCCAGCCUUAUGCUUUAGAAGGCCGCUGUGACCAGUGGGAGAAUGGAGAGAACAGAAUCUGGGGAUAAGAUUGCUGAGCCCAUGAGGACUUAACUGUGUGACUCAAAACUUCAUUUCCAAAGAUCUUCAAGACAGGGCGAUGGGUUCUGAGUGAAGGGCACAGACUCUAGAUACCCUUUGCUCUCCUGAUUUUUGCUUAUCUAGAGGAGCAUCUUCCACUGGACUGCCUGACCUCUUCUCUCUUUGGGGACAGAGACUACACUGGCUCCUUUUUCUCAUUUUCUGCUUUUGGAACACAUGAAGAUUGCCUCUUCCAUGGAUCAUGUUGACAAACGAACUAAGAUUUUUUUCAUUUUUUCCCACUGAACUCCUGGUUGGCAAUUUUGCACAUUAAUAAGAAAAAUUUUAAUGAAAUUAUUUCAUUUUAUUCAUGAUGGAUGGCAGCCAUCUACUGGGACCUGUUUCCCUUUUUGGAUGGAGAGGAAGUGACAGCAGAUUAAAGGCAGAGAAGCAGGACUGUUAUCCAGGCUCCUAUGAAGGAGUGAAUAAAGGAGUGAAUAUCCCAUCAGCCUGCACGAGGAAGACAGUCUAAUGGCUGUAGGUGUCUAAGAGCUCUUUGUGGCCUUACUGCCUCCUUUUAUCCGGAUCCUUUUAUGCAAAACAGAGAACUGCAUUGAGUAAUAUUCAACACUUAAUGUCCUCUAUUUAUUACGGCUCACUUAUUGCAAACAUAAUUCAUUCACUUAAAAUACUGAGUAUGCCAUGGGGAUAGUGACUGAAAAUGCAAUAAACAGUCAAACCAAAGCAUUACAUUUGUAGAGUUAGACGAGACUCUCCAGAUAUUUGAACCUCUUCACUUUACAGAAAAAGAAACAAAAGACCCAGGGAGAAAAAAAACCACUGCUAUGUAUUGUAAUCUCUGCGCUUAAGUACCUCACGUUCUAGAUGAAAGAUGGUCUUAAUCUUUGGGAAUUAAAAAAGAAAUAUUUUAAUAAAUAUAUAUUUUUAAACAGUG